AUUAAAUGUAAUAAUACCAUAAAAUAUGUAUUGUAAUAUAUUUCUAUUGAUUACUGUCGAUAUUUUUAUUACUUGUAGGAAAAAUAAAUAAAUAUCGGUCCUUUUCGGUAGCUAUAUGCUUUUAUAAUAAUAAUAAUAAUAAUAAAACGUAUUAAUAACGCACCUCAAGUCCUCAACUGUCCCGAUAAUUUUUGUAUGCGUUUCGAAAGUGGUUUCGUCCUGCACAUGCUCGGCGAACAGGGCGCCGCCGUUGGCGGGUACGGUAGGCCCGAGGACGAGUACGCGUCCGAAAACACCAAGAGGUUCACGGUGGACUCGCUCUUGCAAGUCCGGAGGCCGGCUAUCGCGGCGACCGACGACAAUAAACGGCCGGCAGCCACCUGCAUGACACCCUGCUACGAAGUUGAAACGAAUUCUACAGAGACAGAUGGUCAACGGAAAAGCAAACCGAGAAGAAAUCGUACUACAUUUUCUAGUUGUCAGUUGCGAGCAUUAGAAAAAGUUUUUGAAAGGACACAUUAUCCAGACGCGUUUGUUAGAGAAGAACUAGCAAGAAGAGUUUGUCUGUCUGAGGCCAGAGUUCAAGUUUGGUUUCAAAAUCGGCGGGCGAAAUUCAGACGGAACGAGAGAAGUAGUCUGUCGAGGAAUAACUCCGCACUAUCAACUACGCCCGAUUGCAGAUCCCCGAAUGUGGAACAACCCCUUUUACCAAGGUCCAAUACGAACGCUGUUCACUCGGAACCACCGUUUACAGCUGGCUCCAGUUUUGGCGGACUCCUAGACUACUCAGCAUGGAAAUCGAAUGGUUUGUCACAGUGUGGAAUGUUCCAACACUCCUCAAGUUACCCGGCUUUCUUACCUACAGCAGUCUCCGCCACAGGAAGUCAUGCCCACGGUAAUCCUUCGAUGUCGAUGUCAGUUUCUAACUGUCUGGUGCCAAACCACCAUCACCACCACCACCACCAUGCUGGUUACAUGGUUUCCACUAAUCUGACGAACAUGAGAAUUCGUCCUCAAGAAUAUUAUAUGGACAAUCCUCACAUAUAGCAGACGUAGAUCUCGAAAUAUCACAUAUUUCAGCUCGUCGACAUGUAUUAUUAUAUUUAAAAUAUACUUUAUUUUGUUCGCUUUUACUUCUAUUUUUGCAGAUUAUUGUGCACAUAUCAUUUCUAUUGUUACCUUAGGACAUUUUUGACAAAAAUACAAUUAUUAUGGGCAUUUACUAAAAAUAAACUUAAAAUAAGAUCAA